GCCCUGUCAUGCUCCUCUGCCAUUAUUCAUGCCAUUGUUGGGUCAGGUUAAUUCGCUGCACACUGUAGUACUUUCCUGCACGUUGUCGUCCAUGCUACGAUGAAGCGGUCCUUUGAAGCCGCCGAGGACCAGCGCAAUAAACAAGCGCGGAGACAGGACCCAAUCUCUUGCCAGUUUUGCCGCGCGAAAAAGCUGAAAUGCGACCGUUUGUUUCCGUGUUCAAACUGUAGAGCGCGGAAAUUGAACUGUAUAUCAUCAACGAGUACUUCUCGAGGAACUGCACACGGCCGGAAAAUCGCCGAUUCUUCAAGUGCUUCGAGGAGCGACCUAAGUCGAAAUCUCGAUGACCUGAAUGGACGACUAAAGAGGGUGGAAGAGUUGCUUGCUUCUUCUAACGCCUCUCUCCCACGCAACAUCGAACCUGAACCUGUCUCUUAUAAGCAAGAGCCCCUGGGAGAUGACCUAGAAAGUAUGAGGAGCAUGAGUGUGGCAGAAGUCGAUGCUUUUCAACGCCAAAGCUUUGACUCGUCAUGUGUCUCCUCUUAUGAGAGGAUAGGCCACAUAUUUUCGGUCUCAUUUCUGACAUUCAACAACCCUGCUCAUCGACCGGCUCUAGACCAGGAGGUUCUCUCUCUUCUGCCAUCUCGGAUGCAGGCAGUUUCUCUUCUUGACUUCUAUAUCGCCAACAUAAUACCAUUUUACCAUAUCAUACACACACCAACCAUCCAGAAAAUGCUAAAUACCGCGUAUACGCAGUUGGAAAUCGGCCAACAGCCUCCAGAUGACCAUGUCGCGCUUCUAUCCGCCAUCUUUGCAAUUGCUGCUUUUUUUGGCCCGCGACCUUCUCCCCACGACUUUGAUGCUAAAGGGAUAGACGAAUACAUAUAUCAAUUGAUUUUUGUAGCCCACCGGGCCCUUCUCGCGGCUAAUUAUAUCAACCAGCCAACACUAGAGACUCUGCAAACCAUCAUUAUGAUCGCAUUAUAUAUACUGCCACAUAUAGGAGAGAUGGAAACAUCAAAGCUUUUGAUGAACUCUGCUUUGUUGGGGGCACAAAGUUUGUCGCUACAUCAGCUAGAUCGUGCGGUGAACAAGAAGCAACGUGAAAAGGCGUCAGUAGAUUGGGUGGUCAUCGAAGUUAAACGGAGAAUAUGGUGGCAUCUUGCUUCCACUGAGUGGAUGUCGGGUUAUAUGAGUGGCCCUCGAUGUGGAACGUACAUGAUAGAUCCGAAGCAUAUGCAGGUGGAAUUGCCCACCAACGUUGAUGAUAUGGACAUCAAUCCAUCGGGAGUAUACGGGCGGCCAUUCGGCGACGUUCCCACAGACAUGACGUACUACCUUCUCAGGAUUAAGCUCGCGGUUAUCAUUCGGGAAAUCGUCGAUGCUGCCAACAAUUGUGAAUGCCAUCCUGACGAUCUCCCUUACGAUCUUGUGCUUUUUUUUGAUAAGAAAAUCAAUGAGACGAUUAUAGAUUGUUUGCCUAUGAUAGAUCCAAAAAAUCGGAAGCAUGAUCUACGCGAUGAGGGAAGUGACAAAAAGUUCUCCAACCUUCCUUUGCUUCGGUUGAUGGGAGAAUUUUGCCCCCAAACAAAGCUAACGCGCCUUCAUCGGCCGUAUCUCGCCCGCGGUGCUCGCAUCCCGAAAUAUGCAUAUAGCCGAAUGAUCUGUUUGAGCUCAGCCAGGAAAACAAUCGAAUUAGGAAAGAAAAUAAUGAGUCUAGAAAGUGAGUUCGAACCAAUCAGAAUGUGGACGAUCAUCCACCAUCUCUUCGCAUCAGUGUUGGUAUUGGUAAUGGACUACUCUCUGAAUCGCGAAGAGCCGAGAGCAGACGAGAGAAAAGCCGAAAUUUUAGAGUGCUUUAAUUGGCUAGAAAUAAGUCAAGGGAAUAGUAUUUUCGCAAAAGAAGCUCUACGACAGCUUCGAUAUUUAUUACCCAAAGGAGCCACGAAAUCAGACGGCGAACAAAGGGUUGAUUCAUAUACCCCUCAGCAGGGUAACACCAGCGUAUGUCUUCCGUUUCUGCAAAAUCAUGUCCUGCAUCAAGUAGGAGAGCUUCCGUCCGGAACAAGUGUACCGCAUUUUGCAAGUCGGUUACCCAUUUCUCCAGGGCAAGAAGUCAUCGAUCCUCUCUUACAAUAUAACGGUGAUACUGUGGAUUUCACAACCAUUGAUAGUAUCGACGCUCACAUCGACCUAGAUGAGAUUGAAUUUGCAAGUCUGUUCGAGCGAAUAGAGGAAAGCCAGCUAACGUAUUGAGGAGUAUCUAUGGCGAAGGGAAUAUGAAUAUCAUAAAAUAUUUCUUCACGAUCAAUUUCCUCUCGACCUCCUCUCGGCAGAAGAUUCCAACUGCCAGACACCUCGUCAAUACAUUCCGAUGCAGUACUAUAUCCCAAUAAAUGGCCUCCCUUACAUUUGAGUUUGUAAAAUAUAUAAAAAGGUAGCCUUGAGUCCGGAAUUAUAAGCUUAAGCAAGUUUUUUA